AUGACCACCCCAAACCCAACCCUGACACCCCUAACAAAACCGCAACUCACCGCGGCAUGCGACGCAGCCCUCACGCACCAAGCACAAGCCCAAGACCUACACACAAAGCGACCCUUUGCGGCAAUCCUGCUAGCCCCAGAUAACGAAACAAUCCUCCUCUCCUCGAACUCCCUCUCGCACGUGCGACACGCAGAAAGCGAGCUCGCGCGCAACGCCGCGGACAACUACGACUGGGCAUAUCUGGCGCGCUGCACGCUGGUGUCGACCUGGGAGCCGUGCGCGAUGUGCGCGGGCGCCAUCUACUGGGCGCAUAUUGGGCGGUUGGUGUAUCUGGCAUCGGAGAAGGCGUUGCAGGAGGUUAUUGGUGUUGGGAAUCCGGAGAAUUUGACGCUGGAUUUGCCUUGUCGGAGGGUUUUUGAGAAGGGGCAGAGUGUGGUGGAGGUUAUUGGGCCGUUGGUUGAGGAGGGGUGGGAGAGGAGGGUUGUGGAGGAUAGUAGACGGUAUUGGGGGUAG